GGAAGAAAAAGAACUUCCGUUUCCGGCAAGGAGUGAAGUUACGUCCGCCAUCUUGUCUGCAGCAGAGACAAACAUGCAUGUGUCAAAUCUAAAGGAGGGUGGAUGCCUGGAGCACAAGCCUUUGGCAUUUGGGUUUGGCUGUCCACUCUGCACCACUUUCAAGACUCUAAGUGAAGAAGUGAUCAAGAGGCACUUGGGAAAUCACAUUGCAAAUGCAGUGCAUUUCCAGGAUUACAUCAUCUGCAGAUGCAAUUUGCCCUGUAGAGUUGGAGGCCACUUCCAUUGUCCUUUUUGUUACAAUACAUUAAUUCGCAAGACAGUUAUGCCAUCACAUCUGACUGAGUGUCAAAAAAGAUUUGAUUUAAUCAGAUCCGUGGUGUUGGCAUAUUACGCGCCAUCUUCACAAGAAAGCCAGCCUUCAUUAGACUAUUCGGUACCAUCAGUGUGUUCAGAGCACUCAUACUCCCUGGAACCCCCUGAGUCCUCACAAACCUUUGACCAUUCCUAUGCACAAGGAGCCCCAUCCGAGACCUCUAAAGUUCCCACAGUUAUUGGUCAGCCAACUCCUGCUUCCCCCUCAGACCAACAUCUGAUUCAAGAGGAGGACUCAACUCUUCAAGAGGAAGACUCAACUCUUCAAGAGGAAGACUCAACUCCUCAAGAGGAAGGCUUGACUCCUCAAGAGGAAGGCUUGACUCCUCAAGAGGAAGGCGUGACUCCUCAAGAGGAAGGCUCAACUCCUCAAGAGGAAGGCUCAACUCCUCAAGAGGAAGGCGUGACUCCUCAAGAGGAAGGCGUGACUCCUCAAGAGGAAGGCUUGACUCUUCAACAGGAAGGCUUGACUCCUCAAGAGGAAGGCUUGACUCCUCAAGAGGAAGGCUUGACUCCUCAAGAGGAAGACUUAUGCCUUCAAGAGGAAGACUCAACUCCUCAAGAGGAAGACUCAACUCCUCGUCAAGAGGAAGGCUUGACUCCUCAAGAGGAAGACUUAACUCCUCAAGAGGAAGACUUAACUCCUCAAAAGGAAGACCUAACUCCUCAAAAGGAAGGCCUAACUCCUCAAAAGGAAGGCUUAACUCCUCAAGAGAAAUACUCAACUAUUCAGGAGGAAGACUUGACCCCUCAAGAGGAAGACUCAACUAUUCAGGAGGAAGACUUAACUUCUCAAGAGGAAGACUCAACUAUUCAGGAGGAAGACUUGGCUCUGCCUUCAACACGUAUAAAGUGUCCUCACUGCCCACUGACUUUAUACAAGAAGAAUUUGCCGGUUCAUAUCAGGAGAAAACAUAACAAACUGGGAGAUGUUGCACCAAACUCCCACUUGAAAAGCGUCUGUAUUGACCAAAUCAAUGGGAUUUAUGCUGUCAGGAGAAUAUCUCAUGGUUUCAGUGUGCCAGUACAUGUGCAGCGGAAGACAUGUGGUCAACAACAUCACACUAAAUGUGAACUGGAGGAAUGUCAGCAAUAUCAUUUGCUUUUGCAACGCAGUGGAGUGUCUCACAGCUUGUGCGAUCACAUUCGUUCUGUGGACUAUUGCAGUGCCACAGCCACUGAGGAACCACUACAGCAACUGGUUCUGGAUGAAAUGGUGAAAAAACAUCCUGUUGGUCAGUCCAAGGCAGACGUUUGCAAAAGAAGGCAAAGAGAAGCAGAGGAAGCGCACGUUCCACUGUCUGUUUUUUUGGAUCUUAGUGGAAGUAAAAGUUACAUUUGUUUUUCAAUUUAUGAACCCCAGUUAUACCAUUACAGCACUCUGGGCAGGGUCGUUGUCACACACAACACAAAGAAGAACAGCUGGCAUUGUCCCUGUGCAAAGCCACGGACAUCUUGCACACACAAGGACAUCGCCAAAUGGCACCUUUUUCAAAUAAACAAGCACCUCUUUUCGACGGGACACCUGACAAAAACAGCAUCACCGUUGACUCCCAGUCCCAGCCAUUCUCCUAAGACAGAUUUGGAGAGGAUUAUAAAGUAUGUAUUUGAAUUCAAAAAAAUACCUUCCACUCUCCCGGAAGAGGCCACAGCUCAGAGAGAUCCGACGGACUACAGGAAACAUCUGUGUCCAGAUGAGACGACAUGCCAGCUCUGUCCAGAUCAUCCAAAACUCCUGGAGGUUACACUCGUCACAAGUAACGCCAGAAUAGUUGGCAUGCAAGGGGUGAUUCAAAAUGUCUCAACGUACAAUAAAUGUUGCCCCAAAUGCAAAUUGGUGUAUCGCUAUCAGGAGUGGAGAGAUGGACUUCACAACUUCAAUGACCAUAUCAUUCUGACUCUGCAGCUGUGUGUGUACUUAAGACACAAUCUUAAGAGUCGCGUGUCUGUGUCUCGGGCUAUCAACUCUCUUGAGAUUUUAUUGAAGGUCGACUUUCCAGCCACUGACCUCAUCUUUCAAGGCUACUGCCAUUUUGAGGCUCUUUCAGACACAGAGUACAAAUCCUCUUCUGUUCGCUGUGGCCUCCCCCCUCCUGGUGUUGCUAGGGACAGAAAAAGAGGAUUCAGUUUUGAAGUGAGUGACCCGGAACAGCCUGACGGUGAAUUCCAGGGUGAGAACAACAUGGUCUCAUUCUGGGAAUCUUUGCAUCUGCGCCUGAUCAGCCGAGGAUUCUUAGAGUUCCCUUCACAGAACCCGUUUGUUGUUGGCCCUACAAAUGGGAUCUGGACAUUGUGGCUUGGAAUGGAGACUCAUGAAGACAACACCGUCCUAAACACAGAGAUGGAGAAGGCGCCGCUGAAAAGAUCCAUCGCUGAAGCUCAGCUAGACGAUGCAAACAUGGCAGAAAAGGCCUGUGACAACAAGCGUGUGUGCAUGGCUGAUCCAAUGAAGUUCUGCGUUUUCCAGACUUCACAAAACACAGGACAACAACUCCUUUACCCAGAUGCUGAAUGUCUGGAAUGGUUGCAGUGCCAAAUGUGCCACGGAUGGCUUCACCAGGACUGCGCUGGAAACGGCUGCAAACUUUUAGGAAUGGAAUCCUUCAGCUGUGGAUGCACAGAUCUGACUGACGGUUCAAGGAUUAGGAAGGAUGUAGAAGAAGGAGGGAUUCUGUCGCUCUUCUCAAGCCACAUGAUAAAGGCUCUGCACGAUGACCUAACAACAGGGAGCGUGCGCUCUAACAGGAUGUUCCUGUGGCAGAACCCCACGUCCUCCUCAGCUCUACAGCAGCACUUGAAGCUGAGGACACCAAACCUCAGUGACCAGCGGAUCUUUCAGUUACUGAGGGUCAUCGAGGACGCCACAGGAGUCGGGGCCUUAAUAAGGAAAGGGGAGGUCCGGCUCCUGGAUUUUGUCUUUGACGUUCUUUUCCCAGAGAUCCUAAUAAACAUCCUGCAGAAUAAAGGAAUGACCAGACUGCGGGCUGAGAUCCUGCUGGCUGAGGGCAGCAUUUUUUAAGUUUUCCACUUCAUUUUGUUUGUUUCUUGCUCUUUUUUUAUGUUUUGUAUUAUUUGCUCAAGUUUUCUCUUGUUGAAGUUACAAAUUAAAAAUUUUUUGAUAGUU